AAUUUGUAUUCUUAAAAAUUAAACGGUUCGAAGGAUUUUCCAGUGGACGGUUGAAACACAUGGUUUGCAAUGUAGUGGAUGACGAUAUCGAUUGAACAGAAAAGUGUUUGUUAUUUAAUGAUUAGGAUUGUUUAUUAUUAGCUAAUUAGUUAAACGAUCGUCAUUUUAUUAAUUAAAUGAGCAAAGCAACAGACGAUGAUGAGCGUAGAAGACGCUCGUUGGAGGCAGGCAGAGAGAUGCUGGAGAGAUACAAGGUGGAAAGAGCUAAUAAAGCUAAAGGCUCGGGUCAUAAUUUGACAGAUGAAGCAUCUGACGAAGAAUCUUUCCAUAAUGAUAAAUCUACUGGACAUAGAGAAUCUUAUGUACACGAGGGUACUUCAUCAAGGGAUAUAACACAAAGUAGCGUUAGCAUGAGUGAAGGAGAAGCAGAUGGUGACUUGGAAGGACUCGCAGGAAGAGUAGCUCGAUUAGAAGAGUUACUGCAGGGAAAAGAAGCUAUAGUUGAGGCUUUACAUGCAGAAAUAGAUCACUUGAGAGCAGAGGCUUCAUCACCCAAUUCUUCUCAGAGUCAAAACAGUAGUAUACAUGGCAGAGAUAUCAUAUCCUUGUAUCAUACAAAGUUGCAGGAAUUUGAAAAGGCAAUAAAUAAACGUGAUAACCUAAUAGAAGAAUUAACAUGGUCUUUACAACAGGCAUUAUCCGCUAGGGAUAAUCUUGUUACUCAACUGAAUGCCAUACAAGUACCCAGCAAAGACAGUGCCAGUGCAGUAAAUAAGACAAAUUUACAAGAAAAGAAUAAUAUCUUAGAAGAAACUUUGAGUGAUCAAAGAUCAGUAAUACAAAAAUUAACUGAUCUGGAGACUAGACAUGCCAAAGAACUUUCAAUAUUUCAAGCCCAAAUGAGUCACUAUAAAAAAACUGUUGAAGCUUUGAAACUAGAAUUAGUAAAUCGCUCUGAGUCUCAACAAACUGCUCAAGCUGAAGUAAAUCAAUAUAAAACAAAAUUGAACGAGUUAAAGGUGCAGUAUGAGAAAUCUCGACAAAUACAAGAAUUGGACUAUCUAAAGGCGAAAGAAAUGCUAACCGAGCAAAUAAAAUUACAUAAGCUGCAAUUAGAAGAAAUGACUUCGAAAUAUGUUGCUGUAACUGCAGUUUUAGAAUCGAAAGAGAGCAUUGAACGUUCUUUGGAACAAGCCUUAACGAAUGCUGCAACAUUGAGAGACGAGAAUGAAAGUUUGAAGUUCAAACUAGACGACUUAUCGUCGCGAUACUCUGCAGCUCAGUCACUGAUCGAGAACAGUCAAGUUCAUGAACGAACUUUGAACAAUAAAAUCCAUGAUUUAGAAAAGUCCUUGUCAAGACUGAGCGGUAUAAACAUGAGUACAUUCAGUGAAUUAAACGAAACUACUUACCAAACGUUGGAUGAAGUAGCAAUUCAGUAUCAGAUGACAAAGCAAAAACUCGAAGAAAAAGCAGAGUUAGAGAAACUUCUCGUAAAUAGAAUAGAGAGUCUUGAAACUGACGUUCGCAAAACAAAGGCAGAGUUAGAAGAAUCAAAUCUUACUAAAAAGUCGUACGAGAAACAACUGAAAGAUAUGAAGAACACAUGUGAUAAAUACAAGUCAGAGCUCAGCUUGUUAAAAAGGGAGGAUUCAGAUAAUCAAACUUCCUUGCAAGCGAAAGUAUAUGAUCUGACGGAAAAGUUGAUGAAAUCUGAGGAGGAGUGUCGAGAACUAAAAAAUGGAUUAGCCAUUGCGUGGGCUCAGUGUGCAGAGGUGGAAGAAAAAUUGAAUCAAACAUUAGCAUCAAGUGACAGCAAACUCGAUAUUUCUGUACCAACUUCGAAUUGUAGUACUACUUUAACAAAACAGUUUAAAGUAAGUAGAACUGCUAAUGAUUCUGGGAAUACAAUGCAUGAUCAAAGUACGGACACGAAUAAAAUGUUUUACGAGAACAACGAGGAAGCUGAUGCUACAACAGCAACAUUGCUGCAAACGAAACUUGCAUCAGUAACAGAAGAAAAUGAAAAAUUGUCAAAGGAAUUAGAACAUUUGACGGAAAAACAAGCCGAUUAUGAAGAAGUUAAAAGCAAAUUGAGCCAUUAUUCUUCGGUUUCGGAGAAUUUGUCUAGUGAAAAAGAGCGCGUGACGGAAGAGAAUAAGAUUUUGAAGAAAAAAUUGGAGGAAAUGCAUUUGUUUCAAGAAUCUCUGAAUCAAUUGAGAUCAAGUAAAGAAUCGUUACGUAAGGAAAUCGAGGCAUUGAUCUGCGUUCAUGAUGAACAAAUAAGUGCAAUAAAAGCUGAAACCGCAUCAGAAAUUAGGAAAGUACAGUCAUUAGCUUUGAAUGUAGAAGAUGGGACGACCAAACUACACGAUUUGAAGGCUGAAUUGGAGUUGCGUCACGCGAAAGAAAUGGAAGAAUUACGAACAUACUUUGAGCAGAAAUGUUUGCUAAUGGAGAAGCAAUAUUCUGAAGAAAUAUUCAGUCAACAAUCAAAGAAAAUGUCUGACAACGACAGUGAAGUCGCAGAUGUAACGGAAGGUUUAUAUUUCGGAGGUGCGGGAGACUGUUUAAAUGUUUCAAACAUGUCUGAACAUAGUUCAAGAGUCGCUUCUCCAUUAGAGGAUGAACAGUUGAAGCUUAAUAGUAACAGUUUUAAGAACCUUGGUAAAUCUGAGCUUGAAUAUGAAACAAUCAUCAAAGCUUUGCAACAAGAGUUGCAGAAUAAAAUAAUCGAAAUGCAGGAUAUGAAACUGAGUUACGAGAAGGCUUUAGAAGACCAGAAGAAUAGGCAUGAAAAAGAUCUUUAUGAAAGAGGAAUCGAAAGACAGUUGUUAGGAACUUUGGUGAAUAGGCAUUGUCAAACAGAGUGGGAUGCGGGUGCGUUGGAAAACGGUGAAUUAACUCAGCUGCGAGCGGCCUACAACCAUCAAUUGGAGGAACAAAUCGCGCUAGCUAAGUUGGAUAUUAUCAAUGCGCUUCAAGAUCAAAUUCAGGCACUCUUGAUGGUCGAGUCGGAUACUGAAGACAAUUGGUCACCGGAAUUAUUAGAAUUGCGUGACAAACUUACCAACAAUGCAAAACAUGAAAUGCAGCAGCUCAAAGAAGCGCAUGCUGAAGAAAUUCACCGUUUGGUGGAAGAACAUUCUCGCAGUGUAGCCAGAAUGAUCGACCGUCAUCAAGAGGAAUUAAAUAGAAUUAAGUCAGAUGGUACUCCUAAUUAUGAUGAAAAACAAGAUUCUAACAAAAUCUUGCCCGUGGAUUACAAGAUUUUGGAAGAAAGAAAUAGUUUAACUAAAGCAUGUGCCACUCUUAAAACAUUGGUCGAAGAUUUAAUACAAUACUUCGUUGUAUGUGAAGAUGAAGUAAAUAACACUCUUAUUACUGAAGUUCUUAAAAGACAAUUGUGCGAUAGCGCUAGUAGCGAUAAGACAGCCCAUAUUGAGGAUAUAACAAAAUUGGAGAGUCGAAAUGUUAGCUCUGCGUUAAACUCUUCCCAGGGGAGGAUUCGGAGAGUUCAUUUCGCUCCGAAAACUACUGAAAUAAUAUCCAUAAUAAACAGUGACAGUGAAACCUUGCAAACUAUAAUGGAGGAAAAUAAUGACAUCACUGAGAAAUUAAAACAAGAAUUGAACAAUUGCUUGCGACGUUUGAAGACUGAAAGCGCUGAAAUUUUCGGCACCUCGUCAUCUACUGAUGGCGAUCAACGUGGUGCACUUAUCAAGGAAGUCACGUGGACGGAUGAAGCAUACGAAGAGCUCAAGUUGAAACUAGAACAUGCAGAAUCUCUGAUUAUCGGUUACCAAGAAGAAACGGAACAACUGAAAGUUACUAUUCUUAAUCUCCAAAGAAAGCUGGCCAACGUGGAAAAUAAGAAAGAAAUCAUAACAGAAGGUUAUGGAGAGAACGACGAAGUGGGCAGUGACGUUACACUGCAAGAUUUUUCACAAUUACAAGAAAAAGCACGGCACGUGAUAUCAAAUGGAGCAGGAGACUGCACAGACCUAUUGCAAUUGAUAGAUGAACUAUACAGGCAAAGUGACAGAUUAAUGGAUGACGCAAGAAAAGAGAAAGAAGACCUACAACAACAGCAGGUGCCUUUAGAACCUACUCCUCCCCCAUACAUUCACAGGGUAUGCUGCCGAAAGAUCGAGGCAGCGGACAAACAAUUAAAAGCAACUCGCAGAUUCCUGGAUGAACAGGCAAGCGAGAGAGAAGCUGAACGAGAUGAAGCUGCAAAGCAAAUACAGAUUUUGCAAGAACAACUUAAAGAACGUGAACGCGAUAAAGAACGGGAUCAACGAAUCACAUCCGAGCAGACUACACUAUCACCUGUAUCAACGUCAGACGUCCCUGUGUUUCAAGCAUCUGACAUCACUGCUGCUGUGGAGGUCCUCGAGUCUCAAAUGAGAGAGAUGAGCUCUCGUAUAUCGGAUACGGAAGCUAAAAAGACAGAAACUGAAAUCGAACUGAAAGCAGCUGUUGAUAAGAUCUGGGUGCUAAGGGAAAUCAUUACCGAUUUGGAGCAACAAUUACAAAUAAAGACUGAGAAAGAAGAAUCCUUGCAGCUUCAAAUAAAUCAAUUAGAAACUGUUAUCGCCGCUCAAACUAAGAACCAACAUGAUUUAGUGCAGGAACUAGAUUCAAUGAAAAUGGACAGUGAAAAUAAACAGCUCAACGAACAUAUCAGUCUAUUACAGGAGGAAUUAAGGAAGCACAAGUUAAGUUCAGAACAGUUCAGCGUUAAUUCUGCAGCAUUGAAGCAAAUGAAAACAGAAUUGCGCGAUAUGCUAUCUCAGUUGGACAAAAAAAUUAAAGAUCUAGAAUCUGUGCACAUGUGCAGCUCUAAUUUGAGCUUGAGUCAACCAAGCGAAGAUGUAUCCAUUAGGGAACAAAUAGAUGCGUCUCGUUGCCCUACUCCGGAGGAUCCUACUUUACCACCAAUGUUGCCUCUCGAUCAGUUGCUUAAACUUAAGGAGAAAAUGAUGAAACAUUUUAGAGCCGAAGAAGUUGUAUUUAAGAGAAUUAAGGAUUUAGAAAUGCAAGUGACAUCUCUGAAGAAUCAGAACGAGGAACUGCAAGCAGAACAGGAGAUUUUACAGCAAACUGCCUCUGAACAAUUGUUCCAAAUGGAAGCAAUGCGUGGUCGUUUGGAGCAACAAAAACAAAAUGCCCCAUUUGCUCAGAGGCAGGCAACGUCGCGUUUAGAAUUGCAACUUCACGAAGCUAACGCAAAAUUUCAAUCGUUAGAGCGAACUGUCGCUGACAAAGACCUGGAGUUAAAAGAUGUCAAAAAUCAACUGGACAGAGUUAAUCAGCUUUUGCAAGAGAAAGAAGCAGAAAUUGCGAAAGUCGUGCAAGUAGAGAGCGCAACGAUUCAAAAAUUGAAAGAGCAUUUAGAAGUUGCCGAGGAAGAAAAGAGAAUAUUACAGGCACAGGUUGGUGUCCAAGAACAUGCUCAGCUAGAGUUGCCUCGGUUGAUCGAUAGCAUGUUGGCCGACAAAAAUGAAGAAAUAGAUCAUCUGAAGGAACAAUUAACUAAGAAAGAGAAACAACUUGAAUUAUAUUCCUCGUUGAAUUUAGACGAAACGCAACUACGAGAGUUGAUACGACAAGCAGAUCCAAAGAAUAGUGCUCGUACGUUAAGCGAUAUUUUGUCCAUUCACUCGGAAUGCGAGGACACGGCAGAAGCCAUUCGAGGAGUAAGCGGGACUCAAAUGCUUCCCAAUGCGUCUACUUUCAAAAUUCCUACUCCGUUUGUAUCAUCUAAGAACGCGGACGAGUCUGUUAUGCCUUUAAUUGAUCCAACUAAUAUGAUCUUACAAGUGCCACCGCUGGAUUUAGGAUCUCAGUCUCAGUGUUCGUCGGCCACGCCUAAUCAACAGUCUAUAGGCAUGGAGUUGUUACAUAGUGGUUUCGAAUCGGGAAAUACAGGGAAUAAUUUGUCGAUAGACGAGACAGAACGCGUCUCACAAUCAAAACAAGAAAGCGACAAAUUACAAGAGUGCUCGGAAAGGGAAUCCGAUCAAAGGAAUGAAAGUAAUGAACAUAAUUCGCACAUUACUUCGAUAAAAUAUACACAAACCUCCAUUAAUGAGGCUAUCAAGGAAAUAGAGAACUUGGAGAACCAAUUGGAAAUUGUGAAGGAGGAAUUACAGGCGAAAUCAGCGGUUCUAGAGAAACGCGAGACAGAUUUAAUAUCUUUGCAAAAGAUGUACAAUGAACAGCAGGUAGAAUUCAAGGAAGUGGUCGAAGCACUCUCGAGGGACAAAUGUUUCUAUCAGAAUCAAUACGAGUUGUCGCGGGUAUCUGAACAUAAAAUAAAGAAAGACUUGCAGGAGGUAGAGAAUGUCCUUAAAUUAAGAACCGAAGAAAUCGAGGAGCACAAGAACAAAAUGCAAACAAACGAGAAAAUUAUUAUGGAGUUAAAUUCGGAGAAUACAAGACUGAAGAAGGAUAUAGAAGAUAAAGAGCAGGAACAAUCAAGAAAGUAUACCGCCUUAUGUAUGGAAAGGAUAAAGGAAUUGCAAAAUCUGAGAGAUGCGAUUCUCGAAAAAGACAUCACUAUAGAAACCAUUCAGACACGCAAUAUCGAGAUAGAGAACGAAAACAAACAGCUGUACGAAUUCAAGACCAAGUAUCAAUCGUCGAAGCGGGAACUCAUGGAGUACCAAAUCGAGAUCCAGAGACUAACAGAAGGUUUGAAUAACAGAGAUCAAAUCAUCAGACGAUUGGAAGAGAUGGCUAGACGUACUAGUUUCUCAGGAACAUCUUCACCCUCUAAUGAAAAGGAUCAGGAGAUACAUCACUUGCAGGAAUAUUUGAAGGAAAAGGAUAAAGUCAUACGUCAGAUGAGCGAUGACAGCAAAAGUUUGCAUAGAGCUCUAGAGACGAUACAAAACAAGAUGAAGGAAUCUGGAAACGUGGUGGAGUUAAGGAAAAAGUUAAAGGACGAAAGAAGAAUAAAUACCGAAUUACGGGAGAUGGUAGAAAAGUUGAGUAAGGAAUUGUCCGAAUUAAAAGUAUCCGCGCAACGAUUACCCGAAGAUACUGAUAUUGAAGAUAUGGUGCAGAGAGAACUCAAUUUGUCAGCACACCUGGACAGACAAAUUAUGAGUGCUAUUGAAAGUGAUACAGAAGAUAACGCAUGCACGAUGGAAAGACAAACUCAACAGCAUCGAGAUCAUCAGGAAGGAAUAAAAAGAAGUAUGGAACUAAAAUUACAAUUAAAUCAAGCCAAUAAAAUUAACGAAGAACUAAAAACACUGAAAGAUGACUUAGAAAUUGAGAAAGGAAUGCUCAAAUGUCAGAUUGCAGAAUACGAAGCCCGAAUCUUCCAACUUAAAUCAGAUUUGACAGAAGAAUCUAAAAAGGUUACGAAACUCGACGAAGAAUUGACGUCUGAAAAGAAUUUAAUUCGAACGUUGAAGAUUCAAAUUGAAAAGGAACAUAGAGCGAUGCAGUCUGGACAUGUUCAAGAUUCAGAGUUGAUCGAAUUCCUUCAGGAUAAGUUGAAAACAUCUCUAAAUAACGAAGCGAAACUUCGUAAUGACCUGUCGGUCCUGCGCCAAGAACACAAAAGUCUGGAAAUACAGUUGACUUUAAUGAAGGAUCACGUACAGUCUCAAAAAGCGGAUGAGUUACCAAAGCUUGCUGAACUUUUGGAAACCGAGCGAAAGAAAUACUUGUCAUUUGUGGAAAAAUUUGAAAAAGCAGAACGAAAUAAUUCGGAAUUGAAGGACACUGUGAAAAAAUUGCAGAUGGAAAAGAAUCGUUUCGAGAAACAGUUGGAAGUGGAAGUAGAGGAAAAAGAGAAAUUGGUGAGUAGUCUGGCCUUGAUCGAAGGAAUCAAAGACCAUCUGCAAACCGAUCUCAGACGUACUAAAGAGGAACUCAAAGCACGAGAGGAAGAAUGCGAGUGGCUACAAAAAAGGAUCAAAUCUAUGUCUGAUGCGGAAAAUAGAAGGCAGGAGCAAAGUACUAGCGAACAUAACGAGCUUAAGGCAUUAAGAAGAGAAAUUAAUAAUGCAAGGGAAGUUAUGAUGGAUUUAGAGGCUGAUGUAAAACAAUUGAAGAAAGAACUAACGGAAUCCCUUGAACGAGAAAUGAAAUUAAGAGAUACAAUUAUUGAGUUGCAACAAGAUUUGAGAACGACUGCUAAAAGGGAAUCGGAUCAUGCAAAAGAAAUAAAAAUCAGAUUUACGGGCGAGAAGAAUACGCCUUCCAAAUUCAUACAAAAAAUUAAGGAUCUUAGUGAUAUCAAUGAAAAACACGUAAAUGAAAAGAGUAUCCUACAAGAGAAGCUCGGUAAAGCACGAGAUGAGAAGGAGCACCUUAUCCAACGAGUAAGACUACUCGAAGCUCAAAUAAAACGAAACAAAAAUUCUCAAGAUACAAACGCAUUAGGUUCAGAUUAUGUAGACAAGUUGCAGCACUUUUAUGGGAAAUAUUUACGAGCAGACAGUAGACGUAAGGCAUUAACGUAUCAAAAACGUUAUUUGUUGACCAUAGUAGGUGGUUAUGAGCUUUCAGAAGAAAAUACGUUGACUAUUCUCUCUCAGUUAACUAAAGAACAACGAUCUUACACUACGAUGGGUCGUAAUAAAAAAUCACCAAAAGUACGUUUCAAGAGUGCAGCACUAGUUUUCAUCAGUAUAUACAGAAUGAAGUGGCUGAUUCUUAGAUGGACAACCGGCAAACGAAUAGGUGUUAAAUCAUUAUUGUGGAAUGUAGAUCAUGCAUUCAUACCAGUGCAAAAAUCUGUUAUGAACCAUUCACCUCCUGUUCGAGAAAAGUUGACUACAAAUUGUAACAGUGAGUUUGAUGGAUUUGCGCUUGAACAGUAUUAUCAACGGUUAAAAAAUAUUCAAGAGACAUUAGGUUUAGCAAUGACAGAGUCUGGAAGUCGACAGAUACUUCCAGAAUAGUAUUACGAAUGUCUAAGUCCGAUAAGCUUUAAGACACAAAUGUGAAAUAUACUCUGAAACUGUGAUUGAAAUAUCACGUUGUUUUUUAAUGCAGCCAUUAGAAUAUGACCUGAAUGGGAUUGCUGUUCCUGUUUGUAUUAUCAAAUGCAAAUUGUAAACGAGCGUUAUAGUCAAAAAUGUUGUUGAAAUUAUAUCCUUU